AUGGUUACCGAUCUCGUGCAGGAGCGCUUCCACGUCUUUGGUGGGGUUGCACGUGAAUGCCUGGCUACAAAUGCACAGUUUGUGACAUAUUGUAAAACGGAUGUUGAUGUGACUAUCGAGAAGCUGAAAAGGCGAAUCAGCUACAUCGUGCUCUCGAGGGUGACGAGAGAAGUGUCGUUCAUCAUUUCGGCUGCGAUUUGUCCGGUGCUGAUCUGGUGCGUGACAGAUAUUACGUCGCAACCAAGGAGAAUGGUGGUGAUCGACGCGUUCUAUUACUCGACUUCACCGCCGUUGUUGUUUCCGUUUAAGAUAAUAAUGGAUGAAUUUCUUCCAGUAAACGACGGCACUGGAGUGAAGACGAAGAAGGUAGAGCAGGAACACGAGAUUGGCAAUUGUAUGGUGCGCGUCUGA